UGCUGAGAAUGAUGGACCAUCUCAGCGAGGCGUGCCUGGGGAAGGAGAACUGUGACCUGGUCAACAGCAUGGGUGACCGCGACUCCAAGGCCCCCCCAGCCAAGCUGGCCCGGCUGGAACAGAACGGCAGCCCCCUGGGCAGGGCCCGCCUGGGCAGCACGGGGGCCAAGCUGGCCGGGGUACCCUACAAACCCUCGGGACACCUCCUCAAGAACUGCCACAAGAGGGGCAACAUGCUCCCUGUGUUCUGCGUGGUGGAGCAUUACGAGAGCCCCAUCGAGUUUGACAGCAAGGAGGAGCACGCCGAGUUUGUGCUCGUCAGGAAAGACAUGCUGUUCAACCAGCUCAUCGAGAUGGCCCUUCUGUCACUGGGCUACUCGCACAGCUCGGCGGCACAAGCGAAAGGUCUCAUUCAGGUGGGCAAGUGGAACCCGGUCCCACUGUCCUACGUGACGGACGCGCCGGACGCCACCGUGGCAGACAUGCUGCAGGACGUGUACCAUGUGGUCACGCUGAAAAUUCAGCUGCACAGUUGUCCUAAACUGGAGGACCUGCCGCCAGAGCAGUGGACCCACUCUACAGUAAGAAAUGCCCUCAAGGAGUUACUCAAAGACAUGAACCAGAGCUCUCUGGCAAAAGAAUGUCCCUUAUCACAGAGUAUGAUCUCCUCCAUUGUGAACAGCACUUACUAUGCAAAUGUGUCGGCGGCGAAGUGUCAGGAAUUUGGGCGCUGGUAUAAACAUUUCAAGAAGACAAAAGAUAUGAUGGCAGACAUGGACGGCCUGUCCGAUCACUCCCCUCCGGGCCCCAACCACAACCACAACCAUCUGACCUUCUCCCAACAGCCCAUCCCGGGCAACACGGCCGAGCAGCCCCCCUCCUCCCCCGUGCCACCCCUGCCCCCUCCGUCCCACGGUGGGGGCCAGACCCCCGGCCGCCCAGCUCAACUCCCCCCCGGCCUGCACCACCCGGGCCUGGUGUCCACCCCCAUUAGCCCCCAGCUGGUGAACCAGCAGCUGGUCAUGGCCCAGAUUCUCAACCAGCAGUAUGCCGUCAACCGGCUCCUGGCACAGCAGUCGCUGUCGCAGCAGUACCUCAACCACCCGCCGGUCAACCGAAAUGCCCUGACCAAGCCCCUGGAGCCCCAGGUAGCCAGCAACACCGAGGUGUCCAUGGAGAUAUACCAAUGGGUGAGGGACGAGCUGAAGAGGGCCGGCAUCUCCCAAGCCGUGUUCGCCCGCGUGGCUUUCAACAGGACCCAGGGCCUGUUGUCUGAGAUCCUGCGUAAAGAGGAGGAUCCUAAGACGGCCAGCCAGUCUCUGCUGGUCAACCUGCGGGCCAUGCAGAACUUCCUGCAGCUGCCCGAGGCCGAGCGAGACCGUAUCUACCAGGACGAGAGGGAAAGGAGCCUGACGGCUGCCUCGGCCAUGGGGCCUGCGCCACUCAUCAGCACCCCGCCCACCCGGCCAGUGCAGGUGAAGGCCUCGCCGCUCCCCAGCGAGUGGAACGGCAAGACAGAGAGCUGCAUCCUCAACAUCAACUCAUCCAUCUAUGACGAGAUCCAGCAGGAGAUGAAGAGGGCCAAGGUGUCCCAGGCUCUGUUUGCCAAGGUGGCCGCCUCCAAGAGUCAGGGCUGGCUGUGUGAGCUUCUGCGCUGGAAGGAGGACCCCAGCCCAGAGAACCGUACGCUGUGGGAGAACCUGUCCAUGAUCCGCCGCUUCCUGAGCUUGGCCCAGGCGGAGCGUGACGCCAUCUACGAACAGGAGAGCACGGCCGGCCAGCAGCAGCACCACGCCGACCGGCCCCCGCACAUGAUGCACAUGUCCACUGACCCCAUGCAGCAGCAGCACCAGCCCCCCAUGUCCCUCCAGCACCCCUCCCAGCCUCCAUUGUCCCAGCAGCCCAUGCAACAGCAGCAGCAGCAGCAACCACCCAUGGGCCCCCGGCUUCCCCCUCGCCAGCCCUCCACCGCCUCCCCGGCAGAGACAGAGGACCAGGCCCGCGGCGGUGGGGGCACCAAGGCUCGCUCCGGCGGGGGCAAGAUCUCCCAAGAGGCCCUAGGCAUUCUGCAAAGCUUCAUCCAGGACGUGGGGAUGUACCCAGACGAGGAGGCCAUCCACACCCUGUCGGCCCAGCUGGACCUGCCCAAGCUCACCAUCAUCAAGUUCUUCCAGAACCAGCGCUUCUAUGUCAACCACCCGGCCAAGCCGCCCAAGGAACACAGCAACAGCAGUAGCAGCAGCCCGGCCUUCGAGGAGGAGCUGUCGGACUUCAGGGAGGGUAGUGCCGAGCUGCUGAAGGAGCUGGAAGAGAGCACACAGACCAACAGCACCAUCUUCUCCAUCAAGAUCGAGGAGCACCUGGCCCGCGCCGAGGCCCUUUCAGAAUCUGACCACGAGACCAAGGAGUAGAGAGAGCAGCCCCCAGUCUGAACACUGUGCUGAAAGAGUAGUGCUGCUGUACAC